AUGAGUAACAUCCUUGACGCCAUCUCUGCCCUCAGGCUGGAGCAGGGGAGGAGGCUGGUGGGGACUCUGAGCCCCGCGGUGCAGCAGCUGGUGGAGAGGUGCGGGUCGGCGGCCCAUCUGGUCGCCGACACGCUGCUGGUGGCCACAGACCUGGUGUGGAACCACGGCCCGGGACGACAGGCGUACAUCACCGGCGAGGAGGUCGGUGACGCCGUCACUGAUCUGCUGAGCCGCCCUCUGCUGUCGGCGCUGGCGGAGGUCGGGGCCGCCGCCGCCGCCGCCCGGUGUCGUCACUGCCAGCCCCGCCAGCCGCUCCGGCUGGUCACCUGUAACAGGUCGGGGAGCUCGGCUGAGGGGCUGUCUGACGGUAUCAUCGGUAAGGGGGGCACGUCAGACUACGACAUUAUGUUGGAGUUUGACGGCCCCUUCCGCUGGGCGCCGCCGGGCGCGGAGCCGGCCGACAUCGAGCCGCGCUCUGCGCCGCAGCUGUGGGCCCGGCCGACCGACAACGCCGGCUUCGUGACGCUGCACUGGGUGCGGACGGACCGGUGCGGCCACGAGGAGCCGCUGGAGGCGCUGCCGGCCGACUCCGUCCGUCGGCUGAUGCUGGACUACUGCCGGGUCGGUAUGACUGGUGAGAUCACCCCCACCGGCCCGGCAGUCAAUGUCAAAAGGCCUGGUGAACAACACGGCGGCAUAGACCUCGUCUUCUGCCUGCUGGUGCGCGGCUGGUGGCCCGCGCCAGUCUGGCCCGACGGCGCCCCCUGGGACACCAGUUUCGGGGUCCACCUGGUGCCCACCGGCCGGCCGGGCAGUAAGACGGAGUUCAUUGAGUACCGCAUCUCGCUGUCUCGGGCGGAGCUGCUGGCCGUCCGUCAGCUCUGCCCGGGGCUGCGGGCUGCGGUUACAGCCCUAAAGGCCAUCAAAAACAUGCUGAAGGAGAGCGGGGUAGCCAUCGGCGACUUAAAGUCGUACUUCAUGAAGACGGCGGCGCUCUGGGUGGCCCAGGAGCCGCACGGUGGACCGCGGACGGGCGUCACGGACGGCGUCCACCGGCUCCUGGACUGGCUGGAGCGGCGCCUCGAUGACGGAGUGCUGCCCUGCUUCUUCUACCCGGCCAUUAUCGUGGCGGCGGAGCUGACCGCGGACCAGCGGCAGGCCAUCAUCGGCUCCCUCCGGCUGGUGAGGGAGCACCUGACACCCCUCCUGAUGGCCUGCUGUGAGAAGCGGUUAGACCUGGACAUCCUGCUGGAGGGGCGGCCGACGGAGCCGCUCUCAGAGCGCCAGCUGCGGCUCCGUCUCGGACGGACGCUCCUCCGGUCGGCAGUGUUGGCCGGUAUCAGGUUCCGCCCCACGGCUCCCUGCUGGGAGAGCUGGUGGAGUGCCGCCAUCCCCCACCUGGCCCGCGCGGCCCCCAGCCUGCUCCAGUGGUACCACUACAGUCGCUCGGGGACACACCGCCAGCAGUGUCUCCUGCUCAUGGCCUGGAGCGUGGUGGACCCGGCGGACCUGGCGGACGGCGAGCCGAUGACGUCACCGGUCGGUGACGUCACCGUCACGCUCGAUGUGACGCCGCUCACCCGGCUCCUCACCGACUCCGACCUGGUGUACCUGCUGGGCGAGCCGGCCGCGGUGGCCGCCUGGUGUCGCCGGGAGCGGCCGGCCGGCCUGACCGCCGAGCCGGACACGCCGCGGGGCCGGGCCGAGCUGCUGCUGCGGCCCGAGCUGCUGCUGCGGGCCCUCGGUGAGGCCGUGCCGUGGGCGAUGGACGUGUGGCGAGAGACGGACCGGGAGAUGAAGGAGGCCUGGGAGGGGAACUUCCGACCACCGGCCACCUACCAGCGGUGCCGGGAGGUGUUGGAGCGGGCCCUCAGCUGUGACCUGCAGCACAGGCUCCGUGUCGAUCUACCAGAGAUGGACGGCCCGACGGUGGUCGCCACGGCCGGCCUCUGGCGCCGGCGGACGCAGCAGCUGCUGUCCGGUGACCGGCUACGCGCGGCCUACGACGCGGCCGUCGGCCGGUGGCCGGACCGGUGGCAGCUGCUGCAGCAUUACCUGGCGGAGGACGACACACAAGACUCGCCGCAGAGUGACCGCGACGGAGGGGUCGAAGACGAGGAGCAGCACUGCGAUGAGGAGGAGCAGCCAUCAGAGGAUGCUCCUCACCCACACGGGCAGAGGUGGCGGCAGAUUGAACAGCAACAUCAGCAGCGGUGGAAGGAGCUGGAACUACAACAUCAGCAGCUAUGGCAGGAGCUGGAGGAUCCAGGUCACGAAGAAAGAGUGAGGAUGGACAAAGAGCAUGAAGAGGAGCGUCGGCAUCUGGAGCAGAAACACGGUACGGAGUGGCAGAACCUGGCCGAACGUCACUAUGAUGAGCGCAUUGAGCUUCAUCAGCAGCACAGGGGGCACACCAGAUGCAUCAACAUGCCGACUGAGGACCAAAUAAGGCAGCUGGACCUCUCCCACCAGAAGCAAUGGGAAAGUCUCCUACAGACCUUGCAGCACCAGUGGCAAGAGCUAGAGCUCAGACAUCAAAGAGAGUCACGAGAGCUGGAGGAGAGGCUCCCGAGCGUCCGGUCGGGGGAGUUGGAUCGGCUGACGGAGGAGUGCAGCAGGAGACGUCAUCAGCUGAGACAGAAGUUAGAGAAACAGCUUCAGGAGCAGGAACACGACCAUCAGCGGCAGAGCCUGCUGGCGCGUCAAAAGGAGGAGCGUGAACAGCUCCUUCGGCAGCACGAGGAGGACUCUCGAGGUGUGAACGUGCCGACCGAGGGACAGCCGCAGCCGCAGAGAUCGGUGACCAAAGGACAGCGGAAAGCGCAGGCUCGGAGACAGCGGAGACAGCGAGCAGUUCUGGAGCAGCAGCAUGCCGCACAGUGGGCGGGCCUGGGGCGGAAACUCCGAACACAGCGGAACAAAAUGGAGCGCAGACACCAACAGGAGUCACAAGAACUGGAGCAGAGAUUCCGGACCGUUCGGUCAGAGGAGGAGUUGGAUCGGCCGCUGGAGGAGUGCAGCAGCAGAUGUCACGAGCUGCAGGUGGAGCUGCAGAAGGAGCUGGAGGAGCUACAAAAGCAGCUUGAAGAUGGUAAGCAAUGA